GAAGUGAUAGCAGAGGUGUGGUUAUCUAUAGAUAAUUCGGUAUCAACUGUUGAUUUAUCCAACUCCGUAGUGAACCAACAAAAUAAUGCCGACACCAAAUCAAUAGAAGGGGUAGCAAAGUUAUCAGAUAAGGAAAUAGAUGAUUUUGUUCCCGAAGAACCGAUACCAGAGGUGUCACCUGUCAAACUAAUGUCUCCAACAUCUUCUGAAGAGGAAAGCUCAACACUCGAAGAAUCAAGCAUUUACAAUUCGCAUGGGAUAGAGAAAGAAAAACAGAAUGAAAUAAGUUUGAGAUAUGAACUAUCCGUUUUUACCAAAGAUGAUGAUAUCGAAAAACAUAGCUCAUUUGAUAUUCAAAUUCCUAAAUUCCCUCUUGAGACGAUUUUAAUGGGAUCUAAUAAAAUUGCAAUGCAAA